AUUCAUUGAUGAUGUCAUAUUCAUAAACACUCGAAAUUUACUCUGAUGCGGAAUAUGGCAAUUGUUAGAUUCCAAUCAAAACAACCAAUAAAAUUCGAUCAUCUCGUAUGCAUGACUAAUAAAUCCAGAAACGUCUUACCUUAAUGUAAUCGUAACUAAAAAUUAGUUUCAAAACAAAGACUAAAGCUGACGAAUGAGUGGUGAUUGAGGUAUACGCUUCGUCUGUGGAAUAUAUCACACACGUAAAGUCACUGUUGGUCGAGUUAAUUACAUAAUUUGCGGUGUCUUCUAGUCUAGUUUUAUCGAGAAGUUGAUUUUUGUUCCUAAAACAAAUCGCUUACUCCACUGACAACGACCGAAUAGACAAAAAAUAAUUUAAUUUCGAACGACGACCAAGUGAACCACCAAAAUGAUUGAUUUAAUCGGUCGCGGUAUAUUGAUCAUUAUAUCGGACAUACUCAGCAUAUUGACGAUCGGUUUUUGUUUGAUACAAAAAAUUCCGCAAAUUAAGACAUUGUACAAUAACAAAUCGGCUAGAGGUAUCAGCGCCACAUCUUUGUAUUUGGAGCUAUUUUCCUAUUCGAUAAUGAUGAGCUACAACUACUGCAAUCGAUAUUCCAUAUUGUCGUACAUGGAAUAUCCCAUUCUGUUGUUUCAGGAGUACAUUCUAAUCUACUUGGUGUUAAAGUACCGACGACAGUUGAACGCAAAUUCGUAUAAGAUUGCCGGCGCUUACUUCUUCGCACUGUCGAUGUUCCUGACGAACAUUAUUCCGACAUUUAUACUGGCAAUGCUUGUGCCAUUCUGCACACCAAUCGGUGCCACAAGCAAAGUCAUCCAAUUGUACGAAAUAAUUCGCACAAAGAAUGCUAGCUCGGUGAAUCUGACUACAUGGAUGAUAUCGGCCUUCACCAACUUGACUCGUAUCUACACCGUUAUGGUCGAUUCAGCUGAUCGAAUGCUACUUGCCAACUUUUCGAUAUCAUUUCUGUUGAGCGGAUCAAUUUAUCUUGCUGCAUUUUACUAUAAGAAGCCGAAAGUUCAUUAGAUGUUGAACAAUUGAACUACCCUUUCGAACACAAACACAAAGACAAAAAUUGCCAAAGACAUUAACAUUGUACGCUUCCUAAUGGAUAUUCUAGAGUCUCCGUACUAUUUUACAUACAAAUUUCUAGUCAUAAACGCUCAUCUAAUGUGUAACAUUACUAAGGCAAAACUUACUUUUAACUAACACUU